CUCACUCUUCCCCUGUCUCUCCUUCCCCCGCUUCAUCCCACCACCACCGAGCAGAUUACCAGAUCCAACUUGGUUUUAUUGCCAUUUCAUUUCGGUAACCUCCCUCCCGAGUUACUCACUCACCACUCGCAGCGGUUACGAUCGAUCUCCCGGCGGCCAUGGCGGCGUGCAGAGGAGGAGGGGGCGGCAAGGACGUGGACCGGAUCAAGGGCCCCUGGAGCCCCGAGGAGGACGACGCGCUGCAGCGGCUCGUGGGCCGCCACGGCGCGCGCAACUGGUCCCUCAUCAGCAAGUCCAUCCCGGGCCGCUCCGGCAAGUCCUGCCGUCUCCGCUGGUGCAACCAGCUCUCGCCGCAGGUGGAGCACCGCCCCUUCACCCCCGACGAGGACGACACCAUCCUCCGCGCCCACGCCAGGUUCGGCAACAAGUGGGCCACCAUCGCCAGGCUGCUCUCCGGCCGCACCGACAACGCCAUCAAGAACCACUGGAACUCCACGCUAAAGCGCAAGUACUCUUCUUCCUCCUCGGCAUCGGCAUCGCCUGCUGAAGACGGGGCCGCCAUGGCCGACGACGAGGACCGACGGCCGCUGAAGCGGACCAGCAGCGACGGAUACCCGGGGCUGUGCUUCAGCCCCGGGAGCCCGUCAGGGUCGGACCUCAGCGACUCCAGCCACCAGAGCCUCCCCUCCGUCAUGCCAUCCGCCGCCUCGCAGCAGCCGCACGUGUACCGCCCGGUGGCGCGUGCCGGCGGGGUGGUCGUGCUCCCAACGGCGACGCCUCAGCCGCCGCAGCCGUCGCCUCCGUCUCCGCCGCCGCCCCCUCCUCCUCCGGCGACGUCGCUCUCGCUCUCCCUCUCCCUGCCCGGCCUGGAUGCGCCCGAGCCAGCCCCGGUGGCGCAGCCUAUGUCCAUGCCGCCGCCACCUGCUCCUGUACAGCCCGCCGCAGCGCCUCAGAUGCCGCCGCCGCCGCCCAUGCCGUUCCAGCUCCAGCCGCCGCCGCAGCCCCAGCCACGGACGCCGGCGCCCUUCAACGGGGAGUUCCUGUCGAUGAUGCAGGAGAUGAUCCGGAUCGAGGUCCGGAACUACAUGUCCGGCUUCGACCCCCGGUCGCCCGCCGACGGCGUCCACGCCGCCAAGCGCAUGAUGAGCAUGGCCAAGAUCGAGUAGCACGCAAGCAAGAAGCUGCUCGAGAACAAACGAAGAUUAGUCUGUCGGCUCCACUCAAAAGCCAAUGAAUUAAUCAACGCGAGGAAACAAACGGAAGGCAGAGUCGGCAAGUGAAGAGGAGAAGAAGAUGCGAAGCUCGGCGGCCUGUUUAGAUCUUCUUGCCCAACAAUAAUUCCCUAGUUGCAUGUCUGGAUUAGUUUUUUUUUUUCCUUUGCUUCCUUGCUCGAAGUUCCACCGAAGGUCGAUUCAUGUUCAUGGUAGUUCCUUCUUCAGAGACGACGAGACGAAGAAAACUUCGUCGCUAGCGUGGCAAAUAAACUAGGCAGAGCAGGGCAGGGCAUAGCAAACAUGUUGCUUGCUCGAGAGUUCUUUUUGUAUAGAGAAAGGGAAAAGAAGAAAUGAAACGAGAUGGGAAAAAAUAAAUGAGAGGCCAAGUUCCUGGAUCGAUCA